UUAGAUACCUGCAUUGAGUCUGAAUCUUAUUCGGUUGUCCUUCUGUUUUUUGGCAUGAUGAAGAUAUGAAAGCCAGAAAGAUCAGCUUGCUCAGCAGUCUUUUAACAUGGAACAGGCCAACUUCGCCAUUCAGUCAUUAAAGGACUGCAAAACAACAGUUGAAGCUAUGAAGAUCGGAGCGAAAGAAAUGAAAAAAGCCUAUAAGCAAGUGAAGAUGGAUCAGAUUGAAGACUUACAGGACCAGCUCGAGGACAUGAUGGAGGAUGCAGAUGAAGUGCAGGAGGCUCUGAGUCGCAGCUAUGAUACACCAGACAUCGAUGAGGAUGAACUCGAAGCAGAGCUGGAUGCCCUCGGAGAUGAGGUACUGCUGGACGAUGACAGCUCCUAUCUGGAUGAAGCCUCGUCUGCACCCUUAAUCCCAGAGGCAAUGCCCAGUGACAGAAAAACAAAUAAGGAUGGGAUUCUGGUCGACGAGUUCGGAUUGCCGCAGAUUCCCGCCACAUAGACCGGGAUAAACACCUCAGGAUCCGACCGAAGACCAUUCCAGUAUUUUUGUACAUGUGACAUUGAAGGAGGCUUUGCUAAGGAAGACUAAUGGAAGGAGUUAAUGAAGUGUUUGCUAGUCAAGCAUGUGGCCUUGUAAUUCUCUAUUUCCAUGAAUAUAUUUGUUUAACAAUCUAUAUAUUUUUUCAUGACAUUACAUUUGUUUUUGAAAAAUCAGCAGCAGCAUCCAUAUUGUGAUGUUAUAACAUUAAUUAAUAAAGCACAACAUUUUUUUUUUUUUAACAAAAGAACAUACUUUCUUAUUCAUGAUAUUAGUGUUCAGUCAUGGGUCUUGGACAAAUAUACGGAUUCUCUGAACACUUUUACUGUUUUACAAAUGCAUAUCUUAUUUUCCAGGACUUCUGAUCAGGUCCUUUACUUUCUUUACUGAUAUACAAAAAUAUCAUCUCAUAUAUAUAUAUAUAUAUAUAUAUAUAUAUAUAUAUAUA